AUGGAAUUGAUUUCUUCUUCAACCAUUGGAAAAUCAGCUUUGUGUUUAACCCUAAUCUCCAUUAUCAUCUUCUUCUUCCUCACUGCAACCACUCCCAGCUUCCCGGAUCACCCUUCUUCGCGUUUCCCCGUUACUCCGAAUCGUUCUCUUCUCGACGACUCUAAUGCCACAACCACUCUCAACAGCUCGAGCUCGAGCGCGAACUCCGAAUCAUCUUGUUUCUCCGCGAGAUCCCACGACUAUGGCGUCAUCAACUAUUUCUCCCUCCAUUUCUGCAUCUUCAGCGAAAACCGAUUCCUCUCGAUCCCCGUUUUGUCUCUCCUCAUUCUUCUACACUUCUACAUACUCAUCAAAACCGCCCAGACUCACUUCUCCACCGUCACGACUAAGCUCGCCGAUCGCCUCAAUCUCUCUCCGAGUAUGGCCGCCGUGACUCUAUUGGCCUUGGGUAACGGCGCACCGGACGUAUUUGCCUCCGUCGCCGCGUUACGCGGUGGCCAGUACCGAACCGGAUUCGGAGCGAUCUUAUCAGCCGGAACUUUCGUAUCGGCCUUCGUCGUCGGGUUUGUGGCGAUCUACGCAGCGCCGUUUCCGGUUGACGCCGCGUCUUUCGUCAGGGAUGUGCUUUUCUACCUGAUCGCUGCCUCCUUCUUGUUCUAUGUGUACUUGAGUGGCGAGAUCUUCGUGUGGCAAGCGAUAGGGUUCGUUGGGUUCUACAUUUUCUUCGUCGGAUUCGUGUUUUGGAUGGAUUUUGGUACCAAUGUUGAGAAAGGGAGAAUCAUCAGCGAGGAAGAGAAGGACUUGUUGAGAGUUAAGGAUUGCGAGAUUGGAGAUCCUCUUGAGAGUUAUAAAGCAGAGAAAGAACAUUUAUUUUCCGGAAUUUUUCGGCUUUAUGGGAUGAUCUCAAGGAUGUGGGAAACUCCAGUAUCAGUUCUUUUGAAGCUUACAAUCCCAAAAACUUCUCCUUCUGAAUGGUCUCGGUUUUACCGAUCUGCCAACAUUGUUUUCUGCCCUCUAGCCCUUUUGUACACUUGCAACUCAUUCGUUCCACUAAACCACCCAAUCUCGUUCCUCUUUCCAAACACACAUCUCCCACUUUGGCUUGUCGUCCUCUUCAUGACGUCUUCCCUUGCUUUCCUUCACUUCACAGUCGAAAAACAACCUCCAAAAACAGAGCAAAUGCCUGUCAUCGUUGUAGCUUUCAUAAUGAGCGUCUUCUGGAUAUCGACGAUCGCUGGUGAGCUACUUAACUGCUUGGCUGCACUUGGAACCCUCCUUAAACUGCCUCCGGCGCUCCUAGGCUUAACCGUUCUUGCUUGGGGAAACUCGGUCGGUGACCUUGUUGCUGACGUCGCAGUUGCAAAGGCGGGGAGACCAGCAAUGGCUAUGGCCGGUUGCUUUGCCGGUCCAAUGUUUAACAUGCUUGUUGGACUUGGAUCAGCAUUGGUGAUCCAAACAGCUAAUGUGUACCCAAACGCUUAUGAACUUGGAUUCCACGUAGAUUCUCCCCUCGAAGCUUCCUCAGAGAGAAUGGAUCAACAAGAGCAUGGACAGUCCGGAGCCAUGAACUACGGCACAAACCCAUACCAAACCAAUGCCAUGACCACCACCGUAGCCGGAAGCGUGGGCCCAGCGGCACCACCGGGACAGCUGGCGUUCCACCAGAUCCAUCAGCAGCAGCAGCAGCAACAGCUGGCGCAGCAGCUUCAAGUAUUCUGGGAGAACCAAUUCAAAGAGAUCGAGAAAACAACCGAUUUCAAGAACCACAGCCUUCCCCUCGCGAGGAUCAAGAAGAUCAUGAAAGCCGACGAGGACGUCCGUAUGAUCUCCGCCGAGGCGCCAGUCGUGUUUGCAAGAGCAUGCGAGAUGUUCAUAUUGGAGCUGACGCUCAGGUCGUGGAACCACACGGAGGAGAACAAGAGGCGGACGCUGCAGAAGAACGAUAUAGCCGCGGCUGUGACGAGGACCGACAUUUUCGAUUUCCUGGUGGAUAUUGUUCCCCGGGAGGAUCUCAGAGACGAGGUCUUGGGAAGCAUUCCGAGAGGGAGUGUCCCUGAGGCUGCUGCUGCUGCUGGUUACCCGUAUGGAUACUUGGCUACGGGAGCAGCUCCGAUUGGGAACCCGGGAAUGGUUAUGGGUAACCCGGGUGGUGCGUACCCGCCUAACCCGUACAUGGGUCAGCCCAUGUGGCAACAACAGGGUCCUGACCAACCUGACCCGGAAAAUUAG